GCGUCCUACUCGGCUACUCCCCACCACUCCCCUCCCCCGCCUACAAGCCAACCAGCCAGCCAUCCCAGCCAUUCAUGGCCAUCACCACCAUGUGUCGCCACCCCACCUGCGCCUCCGCCUCCGCCUCCACUUCCCACCCACUCCCCCCCCCGCGCCAUUAAGCCCCGGGUCGCGCUCCUCCCGUCGACGCAUCGGGCGCUUCUGCUGGUUGCUCGUUCCGCAGAGCCGACCGGAGCGGGGCGGGGCGGGGCGGGGGCGCUGCUAGCUGCGGCCGGCCAUGGCGGGCAUCGACCUCAACACCGUCGAGGGGGAGGAGGACGAGGAGGAGCCGGAGGCGCCGAGGGCGGAUGGCGCGGUGUGCCUGGACCUGUGGCACGCGUGCGCGGGGCCCGUCGCGCCGCUGCCACGGAAGGGCAGCGCCGUCGUGUACCUGCCGCAGGGCCACCUCGAGCACGUCGGCGGGGACGCGGCGCCGCCUGCGGCGGUGCCGCCGCACGUCUUCUGCCGCGUCGUCGACGUCAACCUCCACGUGAGUGUUAGCGUGCGCGCGCGCGCGCGCGCGCGGCGCGGGCUUCGGUCGCGCGGUACGGUGCCCGCGAGCGCAAUGUGCUCGAGGUAUUGGCUGAUAGAGAGAGCUUUUGUUUCCGUGCAGGCGGACGGCGCGACGGACGAGGUGUACGCGCGGGUGUCGCUGCUGCCCGAGGAUGAGGAGGCGGAGCGGCGCGGGCGGGCGCGGGCGCGGGAGGACGAGGACGCGGCUCGCGACGGCGAGGGCGGGGGCGCCAUGAAGCCGCUCGCGCGGACGCCGCACAUGUUCUGCAAGACGCUCACGGCCUCCGACACCAGCACGCACGGCGGCUUCUCCGUGCCGCGCCGCGCCGCCGAGGACUGCUUCCCGCCGCUGGACUACAGUCUGCAGAGGCCGUCUCAGGAGCUCGUUGCCAAGGAUCUGCACGGCACUGAGUGGAAGUUCCGUCAUAUCUAUCGAGGCCAACCACGAAGGCAUCUCUUAACCACUGGAUGGAGCGCAUUUGUUAAUAAGAAAAAGCUGGUCUCUGGAGAUGCCGUUCUGUUCCUUCGUGGUGAAGAUGGAGUGCUUCAAUUGGGUGUUCGCCGAGCAGCACAGCUUAAAAACGUAAAUCUUAUUCCUGCGCUGCAUAACCAGUGCUCAAAUCAUAGGAAUCUAGGAAAUGUCACACAAGCUGUGGCCUUGAGGACUGUUUUUCACAUCUGCUACAAUCCCAGGCUAAGCCAAUCUGAAUUCAUUGUACCCUAUUGGAAGUUCAUGAGAAGCUUCAAUCAACCAUUUUCUGUUGGAAUGAGAUGCAGAAUGAGAUAUGAAAGCGAUGAUGCUUCUGAAAGAAGGUGCACUGGGAUAAUAAUUGGAAGCAGAGAGGCAGAGCCUAUGUGGCAUGGUUCAAAAUGGAAAUCCUUGGCGGUCAGAUGGGAUGAUGAUAUAGAGCGCUGUCGGUCCAAUAGGGUUUCUCCUUGGGAGAUUGAGCUUACAGGAUCAGUUUCAGGAUCUCAAUCCCAUCUGUGCGUUCCGAAUUCAAAACGUCUGAAACCAUGCCUCCCCCAAGUUAACACGGAGAUCGUGCUUCCAUAUGGAAGUGUUUCUUCAGAUUUUGCGGGAUCUGCCAGAUUCCACAAGGUCUUGCAAGGUCAAGAAUUUUUGGGUUUCAAAACCCAUGAUGAUACUGCUGUUUCAGCUUUGCAGGCAACUGAAGCAAGAAAUUUGCAGUACAAUGAUGAACAUAGUAGCUCUAUCAAUAACAGUAACAAUAUCUUAGGGGUUCCAAGAUUUGGUGUUAGAUCUCCAACUGGAACCCCUGGGUUUCCCUACCAUUGCUCAGGCUUUGGAGAAUCACAAAGAUUCCAAAAGGUCUUGCAAGGUCAAGAAGUGUUUCGUUCUUUCCGAGGAGCUUUGGCUGAUGUCCAUAUAAGGACUUCUGGCAUGUAUCAACCUGACUGUAUGCAUGCGACUGGUGCAGCUUAUAAAUGGCCUACACCACAAGGGUGUGAUUUUCGACAGCCAACAAAACCAGUUCUGUUGCAAGCAUCCUCCCCAUCAUCUGUGCUGAUGUUUCCACAAACUAGUUCUAAGGUACCUCACUUGGAGUAUGGGUACAGCUGCCUGGAUAAGGAUGACACUGGUAGAAAUGAUCGGGCUUUCCCUACUCAAGACAUGGGAAGAAGCAACCAAGCAUUAUCCCUUUGGCCUCAUCUUGUUUCAGGCGAAGCCAUAGAUGAAUGUACUGGAACUGAGAAGAUGCACUCCCCUGUCAGUGAUGCAGAGCAUGAAUCAAACAACGAGAGUACCGUUGAAAAUGGCUGCAAAAUCUUUGGUAUCUCAUUGGCUGAACAGGUCCGAUCAUGUGAUGAAGCAGACUCUUGCAAUGCAAAUUGUAAUUCUCGGUUCCAGCCUUCAGAGCCACAAAUGUCAAAAUCACUAGGCAGCUGUUGGGCCACUGUUCAUGAGCAAAGGCCCACUGUUGGCAGGGUGGUUGAUGUCUCGCUGAUGGAUAUGAUCUGAUCUAUCCGGCUUAUCCAUGUAGAAGAUGCAGAAAGGAUUACCAACUGCAACUUUCAUGGUCGCAAUCACACGCCGGAUGGCAGCAUGAAUCAUGGACGCUUAUCAAAAUUUGUAAUGCACCUUAAAGCUUUGAAUAUCUCAUUAUUACCUCUAUCUCAAGCUACCUUUGUAGCAAUUAGUAGUUGUGCGUGAACUACUUGUAUCUUUUAAGCUGUACGGUUAUGUCAAGCCUUCUAGAGGGCUUGUUUGGAUCAGCACUAUGUUCCAAGUACUUGAAUGGUUUCAUUGCUCCUGGGGCAAGUCUUGUUUCGCUAUGAUUAAUUGGCUCAUCCUGGUGACGCCAUAUGUUGCA